GAAAUUGGUGCAUGAAAGCUCGGCCUUUUCUACACACGUCCAUAAUCGAACGAUUGGCAACGGACGCGAUAAGUGACACUGAUAUCAGCUGCUGCUCCGAAGAUGGGGUGUACAACGCCCACCAUCUGGGGAAAAACGCAGUCGCCGUGGCAAGCAUCGCGCCGUCGUCGCAUACGGAUGCGAUUCACUGCUCGCAUCGCGGUCAUCGCCGUCGUCACAUUCCUCGCAGGCUGCUGCGCGAUUCAACGACUCAUCGCAAAACACGAGCAGCUAGAGUUUCCCGUACAACUUGCGAAGAAGAAGCUCAACGAUCCCCUGAACUUCACUGAAGUCAACGAGCAUGUUUACGCGUUGUAUGCCAUAAGCGAUGGACGCAAUGGAAACAUGGGCUCGAAUCGCGUGCGUGUGUUAGUUGUCGCUUGGAAGAACACCAAGUCUGAUUACAAAUGCCGAUUUCCCGGAGGAACUAUAGUCGAUGCGGAGAAACCGUACGAAAUGGCGGAAAACCAUGCGAUGCCGUUUGGAACUUACUUUAUAAACUGCAAAAUUCCGAAAAAUGAGACUGUCGGGAGUUUUGUCAAGUUUACGCAAGGAAAUUCCACAUGGGUCGAUGCUCCAGUGAUAUACAACAUUCCGAAAAAAUACAAAAUAAAGAACUACGAACAUAAGCUGACCAUAUGCCUACCGUAUUUUUUCGGUGACCUAUAUACUACGGAAUUACUCGUCGAGUUUAUGGAACUCAACCGAAUCCUUGGCGUCGAUCAUGUUGUUGUCUACAUAAACGAAACGGAAGCUUUUACUCAUCUUUCAGAAGCGAUUGCGUUCUACAAAAAAUCAAAUUUCCUAGAGGUGAUCCAUCUUCCUAUACCUCUGAGGGAUGAUCAGAUAUGGUAUCAUGGACAGCUCGUUGCAGUUACAGACUGCUUAUAUCGCAACAUGGGCGUGUCGCGUUUCGUCGCCUUCCAAGAUCUGGACGAGUUUCUUAUUCCGCAGAAGCCGGAACUUCUGCCGCGAACGGCGCCGUUACUAAUGUUAAUGGAAACGUUGCUGGUUGACGAUAUCGCUUCCAUUCGUGUUCCAACGCAAUACAUGCACUGGAAAUCGUUUGGUGAGCUAAUGACCUUGCGGAAUACCAUGAGACAAUCUUCCAUUGACAGCGGCCUAACUAAAUGUGUUUUGCGACCAGAGAUGAUAUUCGAACAGGGAAUUCACCACACCAGUCGUGUGAUACAGGACCACUACAACGCUACCAAUGGAGACGAGAAUGUAAUACGUCUUUACCAUUUCAAAAUGAAAGGCGGAAGCCAGGAAGACAUGCGUAUUGUGAGAGAUUACGGAGACAGGCUGACGCAAAAAUACAGAGAAGUUAUGGCUAAAUUAUCGUUGUAGCAAUAGGCUAUCGAUUGAUUUAUGUAAGCAAUAUGUGAUUGACGACGGGUUCAGUGGUUGUGCCUUUGAUUCUAAAUAAAUUUAUUUAUCACA